AUGUCCACAGAUCUAGAAUUCCGGCAGGGCUUGCCUCAGCUCCGAAUACCCACCAUCACAAUCGAACCCUCAGAGCCCCCCGCCACCGUUCAGACGCCGAACAGCGACGAAUGCCACACUCCGACUUCACCGGAAACCCGGAUCCCGGAGGUGCGUAGCUGCCCGCCGGCGCCAAAGAAGCCGAGAAGGAGGGUCUCGUGCAAGAGAAGGCUGUCUGAUGAGCUCCAAUUCUUCGAGAUCGUGGCCAGGGAAGAGAUUGAAUCGUUCUUCAGAUCGAGCUUUUCUGCCGGUGCCUUGAAGAGAAAAUAUUCUUGUAUAUGA